UACCAAUUUAGUUAUUUGGGACUUCUGCCGAUAAAACAUUAUUCAUCAACUAGAUCUAACCGUAGGAUCUAGACUAGACGCAGACGUAACACGAUCGGACGUAACAUGGAGAUUGUUGAUGCACACAUACAUUUGUGGACUCCUGAAACGCACCCAUGGGUCUCGAAAGUCGAAAUGUUUAAGUCUGUCCUUACCUACCUGACGGAUGACUACAAAAAGGACACAGAGGGUCACAAUGUGGUGCAGUGUGUACAUGUGCAGGCAGCAUGGCUGGGGGACCCUGUUGAGGAAACUGUCUGGCUGAAUGGACUAGCAGACAGUACUGGGACACCAAAUGCUAUUGUGGGCUACUGUGACCUGUCUUCCCCCGAUGCUGAAGACAUUCUCAAGCGACACAGUGAGCACAAGAGAAUGAGAGGAAUUAGACAAAUGUUAAACUUCCACAAAACACACCCUGAGUAUAAUGCCGUGCCUCACGAUGACUACCUCACUGACCCAAAUUGGAUCAGAGGAUUCGCUCUCCUUGAGAAAUACAACCUCUCUUUUGACCUCCACAUACUACCUGGCCAAAUGAAAAGGGCUGCGGCAGUGGUGAGGGAUCACCCUAGAGUGAUGGUGAUGGUGAAUCAUUGUGGGGUCCCUUAUGAGAGAGACCCGGAGUCAAUGAGAGUUUGGAGGGAAGGUUUGCAAGAGUUGUCCAAGUGUUCUAAUGUGUAUGCUAAGGUGUCUGGGAUGUUUUUUACUGACCCGAAAUGGAACCAGCAGUCAAUAGAAGAUGUAGUGAAGCCAGUAUUAGAGAUAUUUGGAAUUGAUAGAUGUGUGUUUGCUAGCAACUUUCCAGUUGACAAAAUAAAUGGGACCUUUCAGCAGCUGCUCAGUGCUCUGGAGCCUAUCCUCAGUGUCUACUCAAAAGAAGAUCAACAAAAGUUCUACGCUGGGAAUGCAAGAAAGUUUUACAAACUGUAGACAAAUAUAAUUAUUAUAGAACUGUGAUGUAGACUCUAUAUAUAAUUAUGUUAUCAUACUGCUGUGCCACUUUUGAUAAAAUGUGAUGUACAAUAUCUGCUUUUUGGUGCUUUCCCCCAAUCCACUAGAAUUUUUGUGGUCUUCAUAAUUAUUUUUGUGCAGAUUG